AUGCUGACCGCAGAAUACCUGGAAAUGAAGGCAGCAUCAUGCCAGACGCAUCUUCAUACUACACUUCGGGCUUGGAACCGAUUACAGGGGAUAAUCAAUGAUGGUGAAAUUGAGCUCGAUGGCACAAAGCUUGAUAUACCCGGAGUGGUAGCGGUGGCCCACCAUCGUUGUAUACCGAAAAUCACUAGGGAUCCCGUGAUUCUCGACAGAAUCGAUACAAGUAUCAGGGUUUUGAAGGACCAACUUGACAAUGGCUACAGUGUAUAUGGAGUCAAUACUGGGUUUGGCGGAAGCGCGGACUCGAGGACAGACAAGGUGGUCGCACUUCAGUCCGCACUACUACAGCUAACGCAAGCUGGUAUCCUGGUGGAGUCGGACAAGGAUGGCUCAACAAACUCGCAGCUCGAAUCACAUGCCAUGCCAGCUGCAUGGGUACGGGGUACUAUGAUAGCCCGCUGCAACUCGAAUCUCCGUGGACAUUCUGCCGUGAAGCUCCCUGUGCUUGAAUCGAUGGCUCGUCUGCUACAACACCAAAUCACCCCGGUUGUUCCUUUGAGGGGCUCAAUCUCUGCCUCGGGAGAUCUGAUGCCGCUCUCCUAUAUUGCUGGUACUAUCGAAGGAAAUCCGGAUGUUUAUGUUCAGGUGCAGGAUGGAGAUAAAACUCGGAUUAUGAAGUCGAGUGAUGGACUACAAUCCGUGGACAUGGAAGCCCAGAAAUUGGGACCGAAAGAAGGACUGGGGCUGAUCAAUGGAACUUCGACAUCCGCUGCGGUUGCUAGCUUGGUGUUGUACGAGACACACCAGUUGUCUGUGCUCGUCCAGGCUCUCUCUGCCAUGGGUGUCGAGGCUCUCACGGGGACUGCCGAGAGUUUUCACCCGUUUAUCUCUGCUGUUCGACCUCACGAUGGACAGAUCGAGUGCGCAAAUAACCUGCUUGCUUUCCUCCGGGGUUCGAAGUUGGCACAAGGUCUAGAGACUCAGAGAGUUCAAGACCGUCCAGGAUUGAUUCAAGAUCGCUAUGCUUGGCGCUGUGUGCCGCAAUGGGUGGGACCUCAGCUGGAAGAUCUACUUCUAGCUCAUCGGCAAGUCACUGUUGAGCUCAACUCGACCUGUGACAAUCCGCUUGUGGAUGUGAAGACAAACAGUGUCUUCUCUGGUGGCAAUUUCCAGGCAGUUUCGAUCACCUCGGCCAUGGAGAAAACCCGAUUGUGCUUGCAGAUGUUUGGUCGAUUAAUCUUCUCCCAAGCAACAGAGAUGAUUGAUCCCAGCCUAAACAAUGGCCUUCCAACCAAUCUUGUUGCAGAUGACCCAAGCUUGUCGUUCACUAUGAAGGGAGUGGACAUUAGCAUGGCAUCAUAUAUGGCAGAGCUGGGCUAUCUCUCGAACCCCGUCAGCUCGCACGUUCAGUCAGCAGAGAUGCGCAACCAAGCCAUUAACUCUAUGGCUUUGGUGUCUGCUCGGUACAGCAUGCAAGCUGUCGAGAUUCUAUCUCUCAUGUGCGCCUGUGACCUAUACAUUGCAUGCCAAGCUCUGGACCUUCGCGCCCUUCAUCUCGCUUUUCUAGAGCAAGCGAAGGUACAACUUCAUGCCGUCACAUCGAACAUAUUCUCGACAUACCUCUCCGAGUUAGAGCUAGCGGCCUUGGACAAUACCCUCAACAAUUACUUGACGGAAGCAUGGCCGACAACCAACCGUCUCAGUCCUUUCGACCGGGUGCACUCGGUGAUUGAUAACGCUCUCUCAGUACUCCUUGAGAAGCUCAAGCACCACAGCGGCCCUAGACUGGGAGAUCUGGAGGCAUGGAAAAGCCAAGCACAGGACGCGUUGAACAAUGCGUACCAAGAAACCGCAGCUGCAUUUUUCUCGAAGCAACAUACUGUGAACCUGCUUGGUGAGGGCUCUAAGGUUUUGUAUGAAACAGUACGACAAGAGCUAGGUGUUCCUUUCCACCAGGGCUUCGUUGAACAUCCCACCAUCGACAGCGAGACUCACAACGGCCGUGCCAAAAAGACCAUCGGCUCGUGGAUAUCAAUUAUAUACGAGGCGAUUCGAGACGGGCGUCUCAUGAAUCCAUUAUUGCAGUCGCUGAGCUCUACUGCCAUUGAUGAGUUGGAUGUAAGCGUAGAUUGGAGAGAGACUCCGACCCCUGCUUCUUCUGGAAACGGGCUGGACUGA